AUGAGAGUUAUCAACACUGCUUUGAAUUUGAUUUUAUUGGCGGGCACAACUUUGUUGCUCAUUUUCUUGGUCUUGUCCGGAUCCACUAACCACUUCCCAUUCAACAGGUUUUACUGGGUGAGAGGUGACACCUCAAAUAUACCAGGAGCACCUGAUGAAUCGGCUUGGACCUUUUGGGGUGUUUGUGAUUACCAUGAUUUUGGAAACUGUACUUCUGGCCCCGCUUAUCCGAUCUCCCCGGUGGAUAAUUUCCACACAAAAACGAAUGUUCCACAGAAGUUUCGUUCCAAUAGAGAUCCUUUGUUCUACUUGUCCAGAUUUUCUUUUGCCUUCAUUUUGAUUGCCUUGGCAUUAACGGCGCUUGCUUUUAUCAUUGACUUGUUGGGAUUCUGUUUCAUCUUCAUUGACAAGAUUGUCAUCGGUCUCGUCAUGUUUGGGCUCUUUUUCAUGUCCGGUGCCGCUGCUUUCCAGACUGCCGCCACUGUCAUGGCAAAGAAUGCUUUCAGUAAUGGUCAUUUGAAGAGUCACAUUGGAGUCAAAAGCAUGGCAAUCUUGUGGGCUGCAGAAGCGUGUAUGUUGAUCAUUUUCUUCAACACAUGCGCUGCUAAUAUUGCCAACUCGUACAGGAAACAUAUUGAGAGAGUUAAGGCCGCACAAACACCACAAGAAGACUACUAUGCUCCAGCUGAAACCCAACAAGAAGAUGGACUUCCAAUCGCAGAUGAGUCAUCUUUCACCCGUUCGACACCUUUGGAAAAAGAAGACAAUCCAAGUGGUGGUAUCCGCUUCUUCCGCAUCAAGAGAAACCAAAAACCUUCUGACGAAGAGAGCGUUUGA